GACUUCAAUUGGAACGGGAUAUGAUUUAUCCAACAGUGUUUUUUCACCAGGUAUGUAUUUAACUUGAAUCAGAAUAACUACAAGUUUCUAAAGUUUCCUGCUACUAACACCUUUUAGAUGGUAGAAAUUUUCAGGUUGAGUAUGCUAUGAAGGCAGUGGAGAAUGGUGGUACCUCAAUUGGAAUUAAAUGCAAGGAUGGAAUAGUUUUGGCAGUUGAGAAGAUCAUAAAUUCGAAGUUGUUGGUUCCAGGAAAAAAUAAAAGAAUUCAAACAAUCGACAGACACAUUGGUGUAGCAUAUUCUGGGCUUUUACCUGAUGGUCGCCAUUUUGUAAAUAGAGGAAGAGAUGAAGCAAAGUCUUUCAAGUCUAUAUAUAAAACUCCGAUAACAGUCCCACAUUUGAUGGAUAGGUUGGGUAUUUAUGUUCAGAACUACACUUGCUAUAACUCAGUGAGACCGUUUGGUAUUGUUUCCAUAGUUGGAGGAAUUGAUGAUAAUGGUCCUCAUUUGUAUAUGAUUGAACCAAGUGGAACAUCUUGGGGGUACUCUGGUGCUGCCACAGGUAAAGGCAGGCAGAUCGCAAAAUCAGAAUUAGAGAAGUUAAACUAUGAAGAGAUUACGGUAAGAGAGGCUGUGAAUGUCGCCGCAAAAGUCAUUCAUUUAGCCCAUGAAGAUAACAAGGACAAGGACUACGAAUUAGAGAUUUCAUGGGUGUCGAAAGAUGAAACUGAUGGUAGGCAUGACUUCGUUCCUGAAUCCUUAGUUCAAGAAGCUAGACGACUUGCAGAAGACGAUGAAGAUGAAGAUGACGACGAUCAGGAAAUGGAGGAUUAA